UGGUAGAGCCUCAGGGGUAAUAGAUGCUGUGCUCUCAUGCUGAAGUUUAGCAGUUUGUCCUGACCGGCUCUCUAGCAGCAGUGCGAUGGGCUGCUCCUUGUACAGUUACAAAGUCAACACGCCUCUUGCCGGUCACGUUUCUGCCUAAUCCGGAGGGCAACCUGGGACCUAGGUAAGAACAGCAGAGCAAUCCUUUUACUUCAACGUCUGGACAAAGGACAGCAAAUGCAAAACGUUAAAGUGAAUAUUCCUGUCUUCUGUCAUGGUACUUAAAGUGUCAAGGUAUUUAAAAUAACCAGUUGGACUAAACAAAUGUACCUCAGGAAUUAAGAAUUUUUCCUGGAAGGAGUUUCUAGAUUGUUUGAACUUCUCUGGCCGCACAAUACAGGAGGGAAGACUGAAGCAGCAUAAGGACCGCCAGCGGCUGCAGCAUGGGCUGCUUCGCUAGGAUUGUCUGUCUUUUCUGGGGAGUAUUACUUACAGCAAGAGCAAACUAUCCAAAUGGGAAGAACAAUGUGCCAAGGCUGAAAUUAUCCUACAAAGAAAUGUUGGACUCCAACAAUGUGAUCACUUUCAAUGGGUUGGCCAACAGCUCCAGUUAUCAUACUUUCCUUUUGGAUGAGGAACGGAGUAGGCUGUAUGUUGGAGCGAAGGAUCACAUAUUUUCAUUCAACCUGGUUAAUAUCAAGGAUUUUCAAAAGAUUGUGUGGCCUGUAUCUUACACCAGAAGGGAUGAAUGCAAGUGGGCUGGAAAAGAUAUCCUGAAAGAAUGUGCUAAUUUCAUCAAGGUGCUUAAGGCUUAUAAUCAAACUCACUUGUAUGCCUGUGGAACAGGGGCUUUUCAUCCAAUUUGCACCUACAUUGAAAUUGGACAUCAUCCUGAGGACAACAUUUUUAAGCUGGAAGACUCACAUUUUGAAAAUGGCCGUGGGAAGAGUCCAUAUGACCCUAAACUGUUGACGGCAUCUCUUUUAAUCGAUGGAGAAUUAUACUCUGGAACAGCAGCUGAUUUUAUGGGGCGAGACUUUGCUAUCUUCCGAACUCUUGGGCAGCACCACCCAAUCAGGACAGAGCAGCACGAUUCCAGGUGGCUUAAUGAUCCGAGGUUCAUUAGUGCCCACCUCAUCCCAGAGAGUGACAACCCUGAAGAUGACAAAGUGUAUUUUUUCUUCCGUGAAAAUGCUAUAGAUGGAGAACACACUGGAAAAGCCACUCAUGCUAGAAUAGGUCAGAUAUGCAAGAAUGACUUUGGGGGGCACAGAAGUCUGGUGAAUAAAUGGACAACAUUCCUCAAAUCUCGUCUGAUUUGCUCAGUGCCGGGUCCAAAUGGCAUUGACACUCAUUUUGAUGAAUUGCAGGAUGUAUUCCUAAUGAAUUCUAAAGAUCCAAAAAAUCCAGUUGUAUAUGGAGUGUUUACAACUUCCAGUAACAUCUUCAAGGGGUCAGCUGUGUGCAUGUAUAGCAUGAGUGACGUGAGAAGGGUGUUCCUUGGUCCGUAUGCUCACAGGGACGGUCCCAACUAUCAAUGGGUGCCUUAUCAAGGAAGAGUCCCCUACCCACGGCCAGGAACUUGUCCCAGUAAAACAUUUGGUGGGUUUGACUCUACAAAAGACCUCCCUGAUGAUGUUAUAACGUUUGCAAGAAGUCACCCAGCCAUGUACAAUCCAGUGUUUCCUAUUAAUAAUCGUCCAAUAAUGAUCAAAACAGAUGUAAAUUAUCAGUUUACACAAAUUGUAGUCGAUCGAGUGGAUGCAGAAGAUGGCCAGUAUGAUGUCAUGUUUAUUGGAACAGAUGUUGGGACCGUUCUUAAAGUAGUUUCAAUUCCUAAGGAGACUUGGCAUGAUUUAGAAGAAGUUCUGCUGGAAGAAAUGACAGUUUUUCGGGAACCAACUACUAUUUCAGCAAUGGAGCUUUCCACUAAGCAGCAACAACUCUACAUUGGCUCCACUGCAGGGGUGGCCCAGCUCCCUCUGCACCGCUGUGAUGUUUAUGGGAAGGCCUGUGCCGAGUGCUGCCUCGCCAGAGACCCUUACUGCGCCUGGGAUGGCUCCUCAUGCUCUCGCUACUUUCCUACCGCGAAGAGACGCACAAGACGACAAGAUAUAAGAAAUGGAGACCCACUGACUCACUGUUCAGACUUACAACACCAUGAUAAUCACCAUGGCCACAGUCUUGAAGAAAGAAUCAUCUAUGGAGUAGAAAAUAGUAGCACAUUCCUGGAAUGCAGUCCAAAAUCGCAGCGAGCUCUGGUCUAUUGGCAAUUCCAGAGGCGAAACGAAGAGCAGAAAGAAGAGAUCAGAGUAGAUGAUCACAUCAUCAGGACGGAACAAGGCCUUCUACUCCGUAGUCUACAGAGGAAGGAUUCAGGCAAUUACCUCUGUCAUGCUGUGGAACACGGAUUCAUGCAAACUCUUCUUAAAGUCACCCUGGAAGUCAUUGACACAGAACAUUUGGAAGAACUUCUUCACAAAGAUGAUGAUGGUGAUGGCUCUAAGACCAAAGAAAUAUCCAACAGCAUGACACCCAGCCAGAAGGUCUGGUACAGAGACUUCAUGCAGCUUAUCAACCACCCCAACCUGAACACAAUGGAUGAGUUCUGUGAACAAGUGUGGAAAAGGGACCGAAAACAACGACGGCAAAGGCCAGGACACACCCAAGGGAACAGCAACAAAUGGAAGCACUUACAGGAAAAUAAGAAGGGUAGAAACAGGAGGACCCACGAAUUUGAGAGGGCACCCAGGAGUGUCUGAAGUGCAUUACCUCUAGAAACCUCAAACAAGCAGAAACUUGCCUAGACAAUAACUGGAAAAAAUGCAAUAUACAUGAACUUUUCUCAUGGCAUUACGGGGAUGUUUACAAUGGUGGGAAAUGCAACUGAGUUCCACCAAUUAUAAAUUAAGUCCAUGAGUAACUUUCCUAACAGGCUUUCCUCCUAAUUCCAACACCUAAUAGAGGUCAGGUGAACACAGAUGUUCACUUUAGCAGACUCAAUGUUUCCUACGAGAUUUCAUUGUAGAGGUUUCACUUUCUUCUUUGACUGAGAAAUAAAAAUGUCAUUUGCCAUAUUGCCAUCUAAAGAAGAAAAACUGCAUUAGUAAAGCCAUUUUAUUGAACUAAAAGUUUAAAAUAAACUGCAUGGAUUUACUAAGCUGAUGAAUAUUGCAAAAUGUGGUUGGAUUCAAGGAUAUUUUUUGUCUACCAGCACUCAUGUUUAUAUGUACUAGAGGAGUAAAACGAUACUAAAUGAAAUGGUCUGUGGAAACAUAAAAAAACAUAAACCAUUCAUCCUCUUGAAGAAAAAUGGACUACACUGAUCUACUACUGAUGUCUUCUUUCAGCUUUGACCUAAAGAUGUAUUUUAUUAAAACUAUAAUUUAAAUGUACCAUGACAAAUAUGCAGUAAAGUUUAGCUUUUUUCUAAGCUAGAGUAGGUCUUUGUCUUACAAUUAUUGUGCUAUAUAGUUUUUGUUUAAAAAAACCCAGUUGUGUGCUGCUUUUUUUUGACAUUUUGUCUUCAGUUCUGAGAGGGAUAGCCAGUAUUGUCCUAGAAACAUAUAUACAUUAUUAACAAUUAAUUCCUAAAACCUGGAUAUAAAUUAUGCUUUAUUUCUCUGAGGAAUUCAAACAAAUAACACCUCCCCUUGUUUAAGCAUUAUCUAACUUAAUUUUAACCUGCAUAAUGUCCUUAGAAAAACAGAGCAUUUAGCUAGCAAACAAGGGAAGAAACAAAUUGAUUUGUUAAAUGCAUUUUUUUGUACCUAGUAGAUUAAUGAAGAAAAAAGGAACUGCAUAUUUCAUGAAAAUAAUAAGAAUUAUCUUAAUAUAAUGUUAAUAGAAAAUGUCUCUUAAUUCUGUGCUUGAAUCUCUGCAUGAUAUUUGAGACAUAAAAACUCUCUCAUGAUUCCAUUAGGAAUCUGUGCCACUUAAUUUUUUUUGAAAAGACAGAGAUCAGUAAUAUUCAGAACAGCUUAAAAGUAAAUUUCCCAACUCUGUCUACAUCUGUAUCAGCUGCCUCUUAUCUCACCAUGUUUAAGACAAUUAUCUGUCUAAAGAACACGUGAUUCUUUUCACAUCAAUGGGAAUGACUUUUAUACAAACUAUUUUCCAGGAUACAACCUACACUCAAAGCAUGUUAAACCCUUUGUCAUGUCUCAAGGAUGUAUAAGACCUUCAGCCUUACAAUAUACUCUCUUUUGCACUGCACUCACCUUUCCCAGAAUCCCUCCCCAGGGCCUUCAUCAUGCACAAAAAUGCAAAGGAAACAUCUCAUUGCCAAUUAAUGAAAGUGACAUUGAAAUUCUAACUCUAGCUGUCUUGGGAUUCUAAUUAACUGAGCAUUAAUUUCUCACCUCAGACUACAGUGAAUUUUUAAAAAAUUCUCUAUCAGCUGAAAUAUUUCACAGAUGGAAGCUCAUGCUUCAGUUUUAAUCAUUACUUUGAAUAAGCAAUUUGUUGAUGCUUGUUUCAAAUGAAAGUCUAAAAAUAUUCUACAUUCAAUUUUAGGCUCCAUUGAUUAAUACAGUGUUACUUUUGGAAGUACAUCGAAGUACAUCCUCAAAUGGUAGCUGAAUUUUAAAUUAUUUGAAGGACACACUCCCUGUAGAGAAAAAAAAAGUGUUUGAAAUAUAAAUCAACGAACAAACAGUGCUCCAAAAAAUAGGUCAUUCUUUUAUUUUCAUAGAGUUUCUUAACUGUACUAAAAUUCAGUGUUGCAUUUCAUUCUAAAUUUGCAGCUACAUCAGAUUUAUUUGCAAUAAUAGAAGUAUCUUAUAAGUCCUUAAAAAUAAAGGAUUUGAAGGGAUAGAGGUUGUAUGAUAACUUUGGGAGGCCUUCCAAUGGCUGAAUGCAUUUUGUUUAGCAUUGUAAAAUAUCCAUAGAAAGAAAUUCUAGACUUCAAUUAGAAGAAACAAAAACAAACAAAUUUACUGUCAUGUCUCUAUAAACCAUCAAAUCUAUGUUUUCAAAGAAAAUUAUAGAUUUAACUUGCAGGUAAAUAACUCAUUGCAGUCAUAAUCUUCUGCCAAUGUGUAUUGAGAGGGGGCAGUUUGCACAAAAAAUAAUCGAAAUCUCAUUUAAUUUAGUUUUAAUAGGCUUUGGUAUAUGCAUGUAUUAUCAGAGUUGAAACUUUAAGAGACUCACGUGACCUUAAGCAAAUGAUGACAGCAGUCUUAAGGUAGGAAAAAGAUACAUUGCAGUGGAGAAAUUAUGGCCCAGUUGAAAUCAAACAAAAAAUGUAAAUGCAUGUAAAUGCACACUUAAUGCUCCUCUUUAUGUAUUACUUAGUGACUUUUAAUAUGUGUUUAAUAUUUUUGCUACCUACACAUUAGGCAAAAGAGAUGUAAAUAAUUUUGAAAAGAAGAGGAAGAACAGUAUAAAAUGCAACUUUUUAUAGGUACUCAAUUUCAAUGUGUUCAACAUCAUCCUAAAAUGCAAGAUUUUCCCAUACAGGUAACAAGGUGGUUUAUGUGCUAUUUAAGGGCAGAAGGUGUGUGCCCAUUCAAUACGCAUGUUUUUUGCCAGGUAGUAAAUAUGUUCCAUAUCUGUAUUUAUCAUUGCAUUUCAGAUGGGAACUAGAAAACUGGAGAGAAAAAUGUAAUGAAAUUGCUGCUGUAAAUUAUUCCUUUUAGCAUGUAUUCAGUUGCUAAAUACACAUUUCUUCAAAAGAUUUGAAUUCAGAUGUCUUUACUGUUCCCCAUAGCAUAUGAUGUCAAGGAACAUAAGUUUAGAAAAUGUUGAGAACCAGAGCCAGGUUGCUACAUAAUCAGCUAGCAGAUUUCUUCAUUGUAGUCAUCUGUAAACUGGGUUCUAUUAUGGUGACGAUGUGAAUUUUUAUGCCCUUUAAUUUAAAUAUUGUUACAUUUAUGUCAUACCUAAAAAAAGAAAUAUGGGGAUGAAAUCCUAUAAUGUGUCAUUAUGAUAAUCAGUUUGGUUUCAUUCAAGAUCUACAAAGAUACCCAAUAAUUGUUAUUGAAAUUGCCUAUCCUGAAGGUCAUAA